AUGGCUCGUUCGGCGCCGUACAUGGUAGACGCGGCCGCGAGCCCGGCCCCCGGAGAUAUUACCAAAGCGCGCAACUGCAACCGUUUCGGUUUGCGUGUGCGUGAGCGCCGAGCCGAGCCCCGUCGAGUCAAAGGUGCCUCGGCGCCGCCGCAGCGCGUCGUGGCCGCCUUUGCGUACGGCACGGCGCCGGAUAUUGUGCAAGAGGACAGUCCGACGGUUGUCAUUACCGGCGGCGAGGAGGAGGAGCUCAGCAUGAAACAUUUCGGAGCUCUGUUGACUGGGAGGUCUCCGCUGUGCAUAAGACGUGACGACAUGACGGGCGUGCCAGUGGCUCAUGGCGUAGCGACCGCGCGCUUCACGUUCCGCCGCCGCCAUCUUUAUUGGUCUGUGCUACUGGGCCCUUCGAUUGCGGCCCAGCCGCGCGCCCUCUCCUUCCUCGAUAGAGGCGGCAGGAUGUUGCUGGAGCACCCGCUGAAGCGAUCGCCCGGAAUUCACGCCACUUACGAAGAGAAAACUGAUAAAUUGUGUGGCGUCUGGCGUCGAGUGCCAAGGGAGUACAAGCGUUUAUUGAGAGACGGGUCUCUUUAUGUGGCUUUGAUUUGGGGCGACGAGCGCAAUAAUUCCAUGGACAAGGCCUUAAGUGGUCGUAUUAAUAGAUAUCCAGCUCUGUCCACGGAGAUGUUCACUUCCCUAUUGGAGCCGGAGCAUCCGCCCGUUUCCAUUGGCAACGGGGCCUGUGACGACUACCGCUUGCCGGGCCAGGAGGGCGGCUGGUGGGGGGGCACCGCCAUAGUCACUGGAGCGGCCGGCGCCGCGCCAAGCCUCCACCUGGCCAUCAUCUACAACGGCAUCUUCGCCCCCGCCGCUAGAGACCAGUCCGUCAGGGUCUUGCUCACGCUGCCCGAGCGAAACCAGACGAUUAUUGACGAGAUCCAGAAAGUUCCAAAGCCGGGAUACGAAAUGAAUGUACUGGAGGUGUCCACUCCGGUAUCCGCCGCGGAACUGAGAUCACUGUCACGGGGAAGGCUUUUGCUGACAGUAGAAGAGGUUGGCACGGUUGAUCGUCGUAUAACGGGUGCUGUGCGUCAGAAAGCUGCAUGUGAAGUUUACCACGCUUCUCUGAUGGCAGAGAGGGCGCCAGCGUCGCCCGCCCCUGAAGGACUUGCCCUGAUUUACAUAGAUAAAGAAGGAUCUCUUGUAUAUGACAUACAGGUCGACAACUUGGGGAUAGCCGACCCAAAAAUAACGCUGGUCGAGGAACAAGGCAAACGGCACUCUCAGGUGGAGAUAUUGGACACCCGCGUGGGCGUUCUGGCAAGACCCAGCGCUCGUAUUUUCCCACCGCUGUACGAAGAUCAACUGGCUGUGCACAUCGGCGCCGAUUCAGGGCCGCCUUUACUCCGUGGAAGGCUGUUGUCACGUUCCCUUCCGGACGCAGCGAGCGCUGGGCCCGCGCUACUCAGGCGCACUGAUGCCAGGACCCCUACAAGUCUGACCCCAAUGGCCGGUCUAGCUUGGGUCUCCGUCGACACUCUUUGCGGAGUACAUUACGAGGUGGUUGUGAGUGGUGCGGCCGGCUCUUGGUCAGCGUGGUUGGAGGGGCUCGCGGGGGGCGGUGGGGCCGCGCGCCCCCUCCCCGGCGUAGAGGGGUGCGUUUUGGAGCCGACACCCGUAGAGCUGGCGGCCUUGCACGCGGGGGCCGCUUACCUCAACGUGCGGGCCGCGGACAACGUCACCGAAGUCCUGCGCACGCGCGUACCCCAGAUAAGCGUGCCGCCAUCUUGCUUACCGACCGUGCCAUGGACUUCGGACAAUGAGCUCGGGGCCAGCUACUCGCCGACGCACGACGGAGCGCAAUGGAUGGCCACCGAUUCUUGUCACAUGUGCGGAUGCGUGCACGGAGUUUUACGUUGUGACCCCGUCCGCUGCCCGCCUGUUAAUUGCGCCGUACCGACCAUACAACCUCCCGGACAAUGCUGCCCCAUUUGUACAAACUCCACGACGGCGGUGUGGAACGAGUCGCACGGCUGCCACCUGGCGGGGCAGUACCACGCGCCGGGCUCCUCGUGGCACCCGUACCUCGUGCCCGACGGCUACGACCUGUGCGCGGUGUGCACGUGCGAGUUCGCCACGCGCCAGGUGCGCUGCCCCAGGGCGCGCUGCCCGCCGCUGCGGUGCGCGGAGAAGGACGCCUACCGGCCCGACAAGAAGGCCUGCUGCCGAGUCUGCCCGGAGGAAAAGACGAAGAAAGUUGAGGAAGAAACGCCGAAAGAUCAGGGAGCGCCAAGAACCCCAGAAGAGAUAUUGGCGGAGGGAGGGUGCAAGUUCCCUGAUGGGCCUUUGCCCAAUGGCAAGGAGGUGCAUCCCUCAAUACACUCACACGGCGAGCAGAGAUGCGUAACAUGUCGCUGCAAGGACGGUGAAGUGACGUGCGUGCGUAAGCGCUGCGGCCGUGCGGCGUGCGCGCGGCGGCGUCGCGGCGACUCGUGUUGCGCGUGCACCCGCCACCGCCGCCAGAGGGCGCCGCGCCACGCGCCCAGACUGAUAUACUAUAUGUAUCCCGCGAUCCGAAAGUGCACCGGUCGGCCGAAACGGCUCGGGCCCUAUCAUUCGCUUCCCACCGGUAUUAUAAUUGGCAACAAGAUGGCGUCGCGGAAUUUCGAAAAGGCUCAUCGCUCGGGGCCGCUCGCCGACCGCGUGCCGCCCAAGUCACACCAGGCG